AUGACCCCUGCUACUACGAUCUCUCCCCGACUUAUACAUCCUGGGUCAAACUAUUCAUUGCUGAUCUCUACAAGCUCAAGACAGUACAGGGCUAUGAGUCAACCGCUCGUGGCCGUGGUUGUGGCAGCAGAAGUCAAGCUGACCGGUCACGAACGCAACAUUGCUUAUGGAGAGCUCGAACUUGACGACGGCAGCGGUGCAGUUAUUUCUGCAAAGCUGCGUGAUGAGGUAUAUUCCUCUGUCGUUAUUGCUGCAGGCCCCAAGAGUAUCGAUAUUGGCACGCUUGUCAAGGUGAAAGGCACAUUGCAAACCAACUUUGAACAGCACUCCUUCAAGGUGGACAAGGUGCAAGUUCUGCGUGAUCCAGCUGCAGAGUUUGUCGCCUGGCAAGAGCGUAAUGAUGUCCGUCGUCGAGUGCUUGAUAUACCUUGGCAGCCAGACAUCAAAAAGAAGCUACCUCAGGCAAUGCGGCAUCACGAACGCGUACUCAUCAAGGAGGAAGAGAAGAAGGCUGAAGUGGUCGAUGUUGCUGCACUUGACCUUGCGGCCCAGAAUGUGCGCAUGCUCAAGCGGCAACUCAUGCAAUACCUUCAGAAGUGGAAUGUUCAAGUCUUCACUCUGGGCGACCUCUCGAGGGAUGUGCGCCUCAUGGAUGCGGCCAAGGCAGUUGCACAUCAGCGAUACAAGGCUACAUCAGAUGAGUCGCAGAGGAUCCUUAAUACUUGUGCCGCAGAACUCGUCGAUGACGGUUUAAUUGUCAUGUCGCAAGUUGCUCGACGCACAUUUUGCACUGUUGGGCUGUGGAAUCUAGGGCCUGUUAUUGCGAGUGUGCUAGAGCAGUUUGCAGCGAACGGCAUCGAAACUGUUCGUGUCAAGGAUGUCUGGGAGCAGGUCAAGGGCCUUGGCUUUGCAAAGAUCAGCAAGCAGCAAGUGCGGGAGGUGAUGCAGGAGCUGGGCACAGAGCGGGAGCAUCUGCCUCAGCUCACAAGACGUAUGGGCCGCUCAUCACGCUCAAAACCCACUGAGGAGCCGCUUUUGGAACUCCCGGAGGACGGGUCUGAGGAGGAAUCUGUUCACUCUGGCGACAUGUCACCCGGCGCAGUAUCGGAGGAUGGAGACGACGACGAGGAAGAGGAUGAGGAGGCCGAGGGCGAUGAAGACGAAGGCACCGACUCUCGGAAUCCGUACACCAUCUUGGCCGUAGACAGCAAGGCGACUGAGAAGGACGUCCGAUCUGCCUACCGGAAACUAGCACUCAAGACACACCCAGACAAAGUACCUGCUGCUGAGCGCGAAGAGGCAGAUGUCAAGUUCAAAGAGAUUGCAUGGGCUUAUGCGAUUCUGUCUGAUGAUAAGAAGCGAAAGCUCUACGACACGACCGGCCGAACUGAUGGCGAAGGCGGCGACUUUGACUGGGAUGCAUUCAUGACGCAGCAAUAUAAAGUGGUCAUUGACGAAGGCGUCAUUGAGCAAGUCAAGAAGGAAUACCAAAACUCGGAAGAAGAGCGCAGAGAUGUGGUGGCUGCAUACAAAAAGGCCAAGGGCGACUGGACGCGCCUGUUUGAGCAGGUGAUGCUCUCUCAAAUGCUUGGGGAUGAUGAUGAGACACGCUUCAGAAGGUAUAUUGAUGAGGCGAUUGCCAAAGGAGAGAAGAGAUACCCAGCGUAUGACGAGACGAAGGAGCAAAAGGCCUCGCGGAUCCGCAAAGCAGAAAAGGAGGCUGCCCAGGCCGAGAAGCUGCUGGCCAAGCUCAAGUCGAAGGACAAGAGCAAUCCUGCGACGAUGACUGAGGGCGAGCUUGGAACACUGAUUCGGUCUAGGCAGAACAACACACUGGCCAAGAUGGAUGAGGCUGGAGCUGCUGCACUCGCGAAGCACUACGAGGAGAAGUAUGGUACGCCAAAGAAGAAGAAGAAGCGCAGUGCGGGAGAAGCGAGCAGUGAGCCUACGGAGGCGGAGUUCCUUGCUGCCCAGGAGCGGAUCAAGCAGCGACGGCAGAAGUAGAGUGCAGUCCUGCUACUAUGCUCAGUAUGCUGCUACAGCCUGAGUCUUGAGCGUGAGAGUGUUUCCACUUUUUUCCUCUUUAUAGCGAGCAGCUCGCCCUCUCGCCCUCUUGCCCCCCAACAUAUCAUCAGUAGGAAACUUAUCCUCUUUGAACAGGUACCCAGGAUGGCUGCCCUCACCGGUAAGCGUCCUGGGCCUGCUUAGAAAGAAUAUAUUUUUUACUUUGGGCUUCGUACUACGUGCGACAUGUUCCCUGCUUCUGCCCUUCAGUGGCAAGCAUGGGCGUUCCCGGCUCAUAGAGCGUGCUUUCGGCUUACCAACCUUCUGUCCUUGAUCCAGCUACAAGGGCGACGGGGGUCAUCGCGUACAUACUUCUCCCAUAGCAAGUCCUCUCUUCCUUCUCUU